AGGAAGACUGCACACAAGCUUUGUUUGUAUGAAUACUCUUAUUUAUUGAAACAGUAUUACACAACAUCAAUUUUGAACAUUUUGGCUUACACUUGCAUCAGGGGUCAAACAGAAAUAAACCACUUAGAAACCAUUUCAUAUACAUUUUCAAUCAACAUAUACAUUUAUCAGAUAAACAAAAAUAAAAACAACAAAACAAUUUCACAUUUAUGAGAUUUCUGACAAAGGCAUGUGAAUUAGGAAGUGAUCUUAACUCAGAUCCACUCAAACUUAAUACACUAAAGAGAUGGAAACAAAACUUCAUUUUUGAAGGAAGAAUAAUGUACUUGCACCAAAAAAAACAGUCCAUGAGACUGCAGCUCCGCCUGCUGGAGAGGAAAAAAUACUCACAUCCGUCAUUGUACGAACAGCGUUACAAUGUGAUCAAAGCAGAAGGUUAGGAAUUGAAGAAGAAGCCAAACUAUCAUUCUGAUUUUAUUUUUUUUUUUUUUGCUACAACGCAUACAGCUUUUACAAAAAUAAAUGUCUUCAUUGUGCAUGCAGGAGAAACGACACAAGGAUUGUCUUCGUCUUAGCUCACGAGCUUUUAUUUUGAAAUGGAUUUUGCAGUUGCACCGGAAGCGAAAAGUGCCAGUCAAAACGAGUCAGACCACUGCAGGAGGAGAGGAUGUGCAGACAAAGAUCGCACCUGAGCGAAAACAAAUGCUGCUAGACGACGGGUGGCUACGUAAUAAAAUCCGCCUUUACCCUCUACUAAAUUUGUCAGACCAAUGAUAACUAGAUACUCGCAGAAUCUCAUUUUGCUGAAUGGUUUUUCCCUGCUAGCUAUGUUUAAUAGAAAUUAUGACGAAUCCAGCGGUGACUGCCUCGUAGCAGCGACAAUGCUCAGGCCUGUCAUAACCGGCUUUCUCAGAUUUUGUUCGUCACAUCAAUGACCAUGGAUGUCAGAGCAGUUCUGGAGUUUGCCACAGUCACCAGGGGCCUCUCGCUGUUCUUGCAGGCUGUCUUGAAUGCUGCCAUCCCUGACCACGAAGCUGAUGCAUUCAGGCCCCCGCGGACAGAAGAGCCUCUGUACUUGGACUCUGCAGUGGAGUGGUUAUUGGGUGGUCUUUCUCACUGGGAUGCAGAGCACUUCCUCUUCAUUGCUGAGAGAGGAUACCUGUAUGAGCACAACUUUGCUUUUUUCCCCCUCUACCCUGUAGUACUCCGUGGCUUGGCAGAGACGCUGCUGUGGCCCCUGAGCUGCUGGCUGAGUGUGCGGGGGCGUCUGUUGGUGGCCGUUGCUCUGGGGAACAGUGCCCUCUUCCUGCUGAGUGUGGUCGCCUUGCACGCACUUAGUAGAAUAGUCCUGCAGGACAGACGUCUUGCUCUGCUCUCCAGCCUUCUCUACUGCAUCACACCAGCCAAUGUUUUCAUGACUGCUGGAUACUCGGAGAGCCUGUUUGCUGCCCUCACUUUUGGUGGUCUGUUCCUCCUGGAGAAAGGAUUCACCUUCCGAGCCUGCUUGGCCCUCAGUAUAGCCACUGCAGCACGAUCCAAUGGACUUGUCAACAUAGGAUUUCUACUGUAUCUUCCAUCGCUCCAUGCCAUUUCUCAGAUUCGUGUUUAUCGUACAACGACUAAAGGCCACAUUAAAGUCUUCCACUACAUUUGGGCCAUCAUUCGACUCCUGCUCACCUCUCUCUUGGGAACUGCAAUUAUUGCCCUUCCCUUUUGUGCUUUCCAGUACUAUGGGUAUAGGACGUUUUGCACACCAUCCGUCUCCCUGGAGCGGAUCCACCCUGCUCUUCUGUCGCUGGCUGAACGGAAGGGCUACCGGGUUCCAGAUGAAAAUGGUCCACCACCCCUCUGGUGCAUGAGACCCUUGCCCCUACUUUAUUCUCAUAUCCAGGACGUGUAUUGGGACGUGGGCUUCCUCCGUUACUUUGAGCUGAAGCAGAUACCGAACUUUAUUCUGGCUCUACCUAUGGCUACCCUUGGCAUAAUGGCAGCUUAUGCAUAUUUUCAAGCUAAUUCAGAACUUUGUCUGAGACUUGGACUUUGGGAGACAAGUGCAACUAAAGGGCUUGACAAACCCACACCAGGAUUCUUCAACCCAAGGGUGUUUGUGUAUGUUGUACAUUCAACAGUCCUCCUGGUGUUUGGAACAUUGUGCAUGCAUGUGCAGGUUCUAACCAGAUUCAUGGCUUCCUCGUCUCCUGUGCCGUUCUGGAUAAGUGCUCAUCUUCUCCUCCUCAAUGAGCCCCUUCUUCAUCGAAGGAAAACAUCAAACCCCAACGUACAACUACAGACACAUUCCAGAAAUGGAUGCAAGCACACACCUCAAAACCCCAUCAUUGCACUGCUGCCACAUUUCAAAACCUGUUCACCAACCACACAGAGCAUCCUGGGAUACUUCGUCUCGUACUGGGUGCUGGGACUCGCACUGCAUUGUAACUUCUUGCCAUGGACUUGACUUUAGACAUUACUCUGAGCUUUAAAUGCAAUAUUUCUAUGUAGGACUGGGCGAUUUAUCAUAUUUUAAGUCAUAUGAAUCCACAUAUGUGUUUUUGCAGUAUAUCAUCAUCCAUAGUCAUUCUUUCUGCCUGUAAUUGUUAAAUUGUUCAUUGUAGUAUUGCAUUACAAAGAGAUUGACAUGAAAAUUGAAUAAUACAUGAAUACAAAAUGUUUCAAAGUCCCAUUCAUUUAGAAAAACAAAACAAAAUGACUUUGUUUUAUUUUUGGUGAAAACAAAACCAAAGCAAAGAAAAGUACAAAAAAAAUAAAUAAUGCUUUGCCUGAUAUUUUGAUAAUGUCUCCCAGUUCUACAUAGAACCUGUUGACAUUACAUUUUUGAUGCAGAUUUAUUCAUGUAGUAGUCAACAAAUCUGAUUUGCACAACUUAGUCAAAUGUGUUUGUAAUUGUUUGAGAAUAAACUGAAAUGUACAAUAUACCUGAAACUUUACUGAAGUAAAAAAAAAACAAACCCUCUUUAUUUUAUGAUGAGUACUUGUUGAAUCAUUCAGAUUUUAAUUACUCAGUUAAAUGUUGCACUGCAUGUUGGGAAAAAUUAUUCCAAGUAUAGUUUGGGACUUUCGGAUGUGGAUAAAAAAAAAUAAAGAUUUUGUUGCUGUAAAA